AUGCAGGAAGGUAUUUAUUACAGCACAAUCGAAGAAGACAGAAUGCUGUCAGCGGAGGAACUGGAUAGAGAGAGAAGUAGGAACAAGAUAUAUGAAUAUCUUUGCAGAAUGCAAGAAGCAAGGGAGUGGAUCGAGAACAUCAUCCAAGAGAAGAUUCCUGAUGAAUUUGAGAAUGCGCUCAGGAAUGGGGUCUAUUUGGCUAGAUUAGUGAGCCUAUUCAAGCCAGAAUUAGCAAUGAAAAUAUUCACGGAUGAAGUGCUGCAGUACAGACACACAGACAAUAUCAAUGUCUUCUUUACAUUCGCAAAGACAAUUGGCCUGCCAAGCGUAUUCCUAUUUGACUUGGUGGACCUGUACGAGCACAAGAAUAUACCAAAGGUGGUGUAUUGCAUACUGGCACUAGCACACUACUUAUCAAAGAAGAAAAUUGCCAUACGCCCAAGCAACUUAGUGGGCAGGGCGAUAUUCACGGAGGAUCAGAUAAGAAAGAAGGAGAAAGAGAUAGAAGAAGCAGGAAUCUCACUCCCAUCCUUUGGUGACAUACAAAAUGCAGUGAAUAUCAGGGGACACUCUAAAAAGCAGCAAAGCAAUGGAGAAGCAGAUAAGGAGCAAAAGGAUACAGCAGAGAGACAAGAAGUGUCUGCAGUGGUGGAGAGUGAAAAAACAAUAGACUUCAAUGAGUCACCAGAGAUGAAGAGUAUGGUGGAGGGAAGUCCCAUGGAGAUAAGUGUCGAUAGGUCCGUACACACCGUGCAGUCCUGUGCUAGAACACUCCUCAGCCAGCAGGCAUUCUUGGAGCUAUCUGGUGCUGCGCCUGUCAGCAUAUUCACACUCCGUAGAUCACUCCAUCUCCUGCACGGAGGUGAAGAGAAGGAAGAGGCCGUGGUGGAAGAACUCAAUAGGAUACUGAGCCUGCUGUUCAGUGAAAAUGCAGAGCUUGAGAAGCAAGUGACUCUGACAGAGAACAAGAUAUCUUUGCUUCUCCGGAAUAUGAUCCAGCAGUCUCCAUCUGAGCUGUGCGAAAAAAGGCCCUACAUGAAGUACAAGACCCUGCAGAGAUUGUUUGCCCGGCUGCAGGAUGACCCUGCUGUCAUCACAGCCCUUGUCACAUCUAUGCGGCAGAGGGAGGCAGAGGCCUUCUGCAGUGCUCGGCUGCUUCCAUUAUUCGGCCAUGCAAAGACACCCAGGGAGGAAUAUGCUUAUCUCAGAAUAGUUGAGGCACUUGUGCAUGCACCCCGCGGGUAUCCACUUGCUGCCCUGGCCGUGCGCGCACUUGUCAUCUCACAGGACAGAACACCCGUGCAGAAGGAAAUACUGGAAAUGCUUAUUGAAGCAAGAGCAAGGGAGGUGCAGGCAGAAAGUGCCCCAAAGAGCACAAACCAAUCUAUGCACUCAGGAAGGUCCAGUGGGCCCUCAAGAAUAGGCGAGAAUAAAACACUAGUCAGGGUCAUAUGCAGCUUGGUCUUGGAUAGACCAGGAGAUCUCCCAUACGCCGUCAGGUUCUACGCAAGAACACUCUCCAGAGCACUCAGAGCAGAUGGAAAGAGUGAAGAAGAAGUCGCACAGCAGGUGGUUGAGGCACUUUGGAUUGCGCACUUCAUGCCGGCCCUGGAUAAAGUGUGCGCAGUGCAGGACAUUCUUCCUGCCCUUCUUGCAUACUCCGACAGAAUUGUGGAGUACGUCCAGCUUGCCUCUGGGGUUGAGUCAAUUGCAGCGCACUACACAGGACAGUACAUUGCUGCACGCCCCAUGAACAAUAUGCUGUGCAUCACAGGGGAAGACGUAAACUACCUUCUGGCUGCUUUGCUGAAGGCGCCUGUGGCAGGUGACAUCAAGGGCAUUGCAGCAGACUGCCACCCAAUUCCCUUCAAGCUGGUGUUUAUUCUGCCAGGUGGGGCAGUCAGGGCCCAGGAAACAAUCGGGGCCACAGAGAAGCGAAUGUGCAAAUGGGCACUCAUUAAGAUACUUUCACACACCCGCGGCAAACGCCUUUCAGAAAUUAUCCAAGGGCCUUCUGGUAAAGCAAACAGCGCCAUAAAGACCGCACAGCCAAAGCAGGAAGUAGAGAGCAGUGACCUGGCGAACGAACUUAAAAAAGCACUAAAAAUUAAAGGCAGCGCAGUACAAAAGGAGGUCAUCAAUAGUAUGGAUGACAUGGUCAUUGACAGCCCGUACAAACAGGACAGUGAAAAGGCAGUGGAGGCUGCAAGGGAGGCAGUCAAAAGAUACUCGCAAAGACUUUUCGACCUGGGGUGCAUUCGGUCUCUUGAGGACUGCGCAGAGAUCCUGCAGGCAGUUUCGGCAGAAAUAGUCAACAGAGUGCAGCUUAGCAUAUCCAGAAAAAGAGAGAUAAAAGCAACGGAAAAGGCCAUUUACAGCCUGGAGAGAGCCCGGGAAGUGAUUGAAAGGCGGAUGAAGGAAGGCAUUCAGUACCUGCACGAUAUAACUGUCCGGAUCAUGCAGGACAGCAGAGAGUACAAGAGAUCUGCUAAAGCACUUUUGUUGGAGGGCGUGAUUGUGCGGAUGUACAGCUGGCAGGCUGGGCAGAUGGAUAAUAUUGAAAUGAGCCUUAAGGCAGGGGAUGCAGGAAGCAUUGUUGUCUCGAUUUUAGUAAUUGGCAUACAGUCCGUGACUGAGAAAAUAGAGCUAGCUGAUCUUCUUGUGCUGGACAGCCAGGGCGAGGAGGAAAUCUCUGUUGAAACAUUAGGAACAGUAUUUAGUGUGCAGAAAUUGGUGGCCCUCAUCAAUAAAAAGAUACUUCAGUGA